AUGGCAUCUCCGCAGCUCGCAAUCGCGAGGGUUUCCUUCUCUGCUGUUCUCCUUCGUCCGGACCCGACCCCCUGCUCGCGCCCCGAGAUCGACGAGUUUCUCCAGCUGCUCGACGCGACCAUCUCGCGAUGCACCCCGCCCAAUGUUCAGAAAUGCAAGCAGUGGAUAUUGAAGAAUUUGGUCCCGUCCCCCGCUAGGAUCGCCGCCCUGGGGAAGUAUCUCAUAGCCUUGGCCAACUCCUACUCCCUGGAUAUUGCCGCCAGCAGACAAGCCCGCGAGCCCUCCUCAAAACGGAAACGACUUCACACGCUCUAUCUUCUCAACGAUGUGCUCUACCACGUCCACGUCCGGGACCGGGACUCGAGCUUCGCCGAGAAGCUCGAACCAGCCAUACUCGGCCUCGUCCGGGCCGCCGCGGCUUUUCCGAACUCCCCGAAGCACGCCAAGAAGAUCGACGAACUCGUAGACCUGUGGAACGAGAACGGUUAUUUCACGCAAGCCUUUUUCCAGAAGCUACAGACCACCAUCCAGGAGGCGCCCAAUUCGGAACCCAAACCCGAUGCCGUGGCUGCCGGCGCUCCGGCUACGGGCACGAAAUCCGCGAGAGAGGCUCCAUUCAUCAUGCCGGCUAUGCACGGCGACGCGACCGCGUCGUGGUACGAUUUGCCUGCGGCGAAUUGGCUCUCUGCCCUCGAGCCCAACUCCACGAGGCCUAUAAACCCGGAUAUGAUCAAGCCACUACAGCUUACCGUGGGACCUGCGGAUAAGGAUCUCGUCAGAGCCGUGCGAGCCUUGCUAGCUGACGUGGACCGCAUCUACAAUAAGGACGCGCGCGAAAUCGACCGGCCCGCCGAGAGCAUCAAUCAGCUCGGACAGCGGAUCACGAUUGACGAAAUCACCGGGGAGGUUAUCGACGGAGAAACCUAUUACGGAUGGUCUCGCGCCUUCUGCGAGAAGAUGAAACAGCGACGCGAGAAGGCUAGGGCGGGCAAACGCCGUAGCCCUGGCCGUGGUCGUAGCCGGAGCACUUCGCGCUCGCGCUCUCGAAGUUCGUCUCGGAGCCCGUCGCGGCCGGCCUUCAAACGGCAGAGAGUUUCCGGCUCCCGGGACUCGAGCAGAAGCGGGAGUCGGGAUCGCCGGCGGGGCUAUAGCAGCAGGGGGCGGCGCCGGGACCGAUCGUACAGCAGCUCGAGGUCGCCCUCGCCCUCGAGGGACCGGCGGCCUGACAGAUCGCUCUCGCAGUCCCAAGGACGGAGCUCGCUGCCUCCCCCGCGACCCUACGAUCCCCCCCAUCACUACGCUAACCCGAACGGCAAGCAAACCGGCUUUCCAGGCCGGACGUCGCCGCCACCGCCGCCGCCGCCGCCACCACAAAACCCCCAGUACCAGAACCCCGCGCCUUUUCCGCAACCGCACUCUUUCCCGCUACCGCCGGACUUUAGCCAGUUCAUCGUACCUCCACCUCUACCUCCGAACUUCCAAGGCCAGUGGCUGCCGCACCCUCCGCCGCCACCACCACCACCAAUCGGCGGCAUGCCACCGACGUGGCUCCAGGGUAUGCCAGCGAUGGGCGGGUGGCCGGCCCCGCCGCCUCCGCCGCCGGUGCCCCCGCAGCAGUACGGACGGGGCGGGAGGGGAGAAUAUCACGGUCACGGCCAUCGCGGGGGUUGGGAUUAUCACCAGCACCGAGGUCGGGGCCGGUGAUUCGUCCGUUACGACUUUGUUUUGUUUUUUUUAUAUACAGGGAAGGGGGAGAGACAGGGCCUUUUCACUUCCGACGUGAAGCCGAAGGGGUGAGGGAAAGUAUACAACGGGAACGUAAGGCGUCCUUGUGCUACUCUACAGAGAAGUCGCAGCGAGGGGGAAGGCUGCCGGGCAUAUCGACGAGUAUAGCCUUGCCG